GUCGUCCUCACCGCGUAGAGGGGUUUACGGCAUCCAAUAGAGUUUUCAGAGUGACCGCCCGCGCCGAAUCAGGCAUGACGAAGAAUCGUGCUAUCUUACAGGGUGGGAGUGGUGACGGAAGCACGGAGAAGAGAAUAGAUUGCUCGCAUUCGAUGAAGAACAAGAAGAUGAAGAAAAAUCUGCGGAGGUUAGGAGGAAAAGGCCUCUCCUUAGAAGCUUUCGUCAAUGCCAAAACAAAAUGCGGAAACUACAUCCCUUCACUUAUAAAGAAGCAAAAGGAGUUUUAUAAGAAUGCUAAAUUUGUGAAGAAAUAUAAGAGACUGGUGAAAGCACAUGAUGAGCCCAGCGAGCCUUCUGUUUCUAAAAGAAUAUCAGAGGAACUGAACGAAACUGCAGAAGCUGAUAUUGCGGAUCAAAAGAAUGAUAAAAGCAAAAGAAAUAAGCCCUGCAGUAUAAAAGAACUGUAUGAGAAAAGGCACGAAGAGGAAGAAAAGAAGAGGAUAGAAAGAGAGGUCAUUAUUCAAGCUAAGAAGGAAGAAAGAGAGAGGGCUGAAGUGCGGCGGAAACAAGAAAGACAGAAAAUGUUCAAGAAAACCAAGUCAGGUCAACCUGUCAUGAAAUACCGAAUAGAGCAUCUUUUGCAGACACUUCAAGGUUCAAGUGGUUAGAGGACUCAAGAGUUGCCAUGUAAUUUUUUUUUGUUGUUUUUUGUUUAUUGUUCUACCAAUUUGAAAGAGUAUAAUGUUACUCCGUUGUUUACCAGCUAUGCUAUCUAUCUGGAUGUUGUCAUUGGGAAAACACUAAAAUUUGCAAUACGUUGAAGAAUUGUCACUUUCUGUUAUUACUUUUAGGGCUUUUCUUAUUCAGUUUGGUUAUCAAAAUUAAGAAUCUAUUUCCAUCUACUUGCUCAUCAAUAAAAGGGUUUACAUUAG